AUGCCACUUUGUCCAGGUGCAGGUAAGAAGUCGUGGCCGGAGGUGGUGGGGCAAAGUGGAGAAGAUGCAGCGGCAAAGAUAGAGCGAGAGAAUCACAAUGUUCGAGCAAUCGUCAUACCGGAAGGCUCUGCAACCACCUUGGACCGGAGGUGUGACAGGGUCUGGGUCUGGGUCAAUCGAAACGGCACAGUCACCAAGGCUCCUAAGGUUGGUUAG